AUGCUCGAUGAAGGGGAUGGGGAAUGUGUGGAUCUUCGCCAUUCGUGGAAUACUUUCAUGGUUCCCCGCAGUAGGAAGAAGGCCGGGACUAUAGGCGGUGCUGGCUAUGGGAAGUACACACUCCUUCGCCGCUGCCGUGUAGUGGGAACGGAGGCGGACGAUCAGCCGCUCUUUUUUCUUUCCCUUAUUAGCCCAAAUCGUGAAUUACUUAGCACGACAGCACACCUGUUUAUUCAGUUUAACGCCCAGUUCCGUGACUGUGUAGAAGAGUGCGAAAACAAAAUAACGGCGUUGCGCGUCCUUCAUGAACAGCAGCUUGCAGAUCUGGUGGAGGCAGCAAACCGGGACACCAAAGACAUGGUGGUGGGUUCAGAGUUAACGCAGAUAUUUGUCCUGAAGCAUCAGAGAGAGCUAGAGGAACUGCAGCAGGAAUGCCGCGUAACCGAGCGAUCUCUUGAGCUGGAGCUGCGACAGGGAUUACUCGCCUUGCUGAAAACAUCGGCACCCGAUGCCCUGACAGCGCUCGCAAGGGAGAAACUACGCGUAGGUGUUGAUCAAGGUACCCGUAUUACAAAUAUUGCAUACUUUGUCCCUUUACCAGUUCCUGUGCGCACCGUGGAGUUGCCAAAUCUUAUGCGAUAUGAGACGGUUGGAGUUCGCACGAAGGAUGUUUCACUGCGACCUGUGGUUGUAGACGUGUCACCGAUAUCAUUUCUGCAGUCGUGUCUCACUUCGCUGUGCUCUGAGGAACAUGACGCAGCGCCUGCUGUGACGGAGCAUCUUCUUCGUUUGUCACAGCAGACUCACGCCGUGUUGUUGCUCAUUGGCUCGCAGGCGGAGGCGGAAUCACUUUUGUCGACGGCAUCUGCGGAACUUUUGCUGAACGACUCUUAUUAUUCUGGGGAAUCUCUACGUUUUGCCCCAUUAAGGCGACAUCGCCACUUGAAAUUUAUGCUUUCCACACGAUUUUGGGGGGCCAAUAUCAUUUUGCUUUGGACGCCGCCUAAAGGAGAGGGGCCUUCGUCAGGAUGGCCGUUCGUCGUGGAGGAUGCGCUUAAUUUGGCCUUUUCGUGGAAUGCUGACAUGUUUUCUGUGGCUUCUAUGACGUCGUCUACGUUUUGGCACAGUACAUCUUUUAAGGGUUCUACUGAACAGUCACAGGAGGUUGCCAUGGCGGUCCUGCAUCAGUUACAGCGUGGUGUGACUCGACUUGCUCAUGAAGCUGCGGGGACCAAAGUGUCCACAACAUGGGGGAUGCCAGAGGCAACUGAGACACAAACGUCACCGCAACCGCAGCGAUGGGAGGACGGUUACGCCACCAACUUUCCCGCCUCAGUGGGGAUGCCGCAACUGAAGUUCAAUACAAAUGUCGCCAUUCGUGCCUUCUUUCCGCUUUCCGUUUUUCAGACAGAAGGAGAGGAGCUAUGCUCGUCGCGCGGGGGCGCUCUUCAUGACGCGGCUUUUUUUUCUAAUUUUGCUGUUUGUGGUGAUGAUACAAAUGUGAGAGGAGGUCAGCAGAGGCGUGACAUCUCUCUGACGUCAGUUUCAAGUGAUGAAAGUUUUUCAAGUGACUUGGUGACGUCACGUGAAGGCGGUUGUCCCCCACAGCAGCCAAUGUCGUUCAAGAAGUUGCUGGUGUACACAUUUGGCAAAACAGUUGUGGUUCAUUGA